AUGGCACCAUCUGUUCUUAUUGUCAAUGAUGGAAACGUCGUCGAUGCCGUAGACGAUGGCCCGUCCAUCAAAGGGUUCCAUUCGAACCCAAACACAUCACUGGUCCUACAUCGAUCCCUUCACUCCGAUCCACUGCACGUAAUCGCUGCCCAAGGACACUACCUGCACAUUGACAAUGGCCAGAAGAUACUUGAUGCUACAGGGGGAGCCGCAGUGGCAUGUCUAGGCCAUGGGGAACUCCGUAUACAACAAGCAGUCAUUGAGCAGAUGCAAGAGGUCUCCUAUUGCCACUCAUUGUUCUAUGCAACUCGUGCAGCAGAAGAACUCGCUAGAUUGCUGAUUGAGAGCACCAAUGGCGAGAUGGCCAGAGCCUUCUUUAUUAGCAGUGGUAGCGAAGCAAUGGAAGCCGCCUUGAAGCUAGCAAGGCAAUACCAUCUGGAAAAGGCCUCCCCUGAGCCUCAGCGUGUCCACUUCAUCUCCAGACACCAGAGUUAUCAUGGCACGACACUCGGAGCGCUGGCUGCCGGCGGACACGUCGCUAGACGCGCCAUCUUUGAACCGAUCCUCAGCAUCAAUACUAGCCGCGUCAGCCCUUGUUAUGCCUACCGCGGGUUAUCAGAUGAUGCACGUACCGAGGCCGAAUAWGUGCAGACUCUAGAAGCUGAACUGGAUGCCGAAUUUCAACGCAUCGGAUCAGAUACCGUGGCAGCGUUCGUCGCAGAGCCGGUCGUUGGCGCUGCGUUAGGAUGUGUACCUCCUUCCCCUGGAUACUUCGAAGCGGUGCGCAGAGUCUGUGACAAGUACGGUGCGCUUCUCAUCAUGGAUGAGGUCAUGUCUGGUACCGGCCGUAUUGGUCCCGAGCCUUCUGAAAAGUAUCCCGAUCCUCUUCACGCAUGGCAAGAUCCGCUCAUUGGUGUGGUACCGGAUAUUAUGACCAUGGGARAGGGGCUAGGCGGAGGCUAUAUGCCCAUCGCUGCCAUGCUUACAAGCCACAACGUCGUUGACGUACUCAAAAGAGGCAGCGGCGCCUUCAGCCAUGGCCAGACUUACCAAGGUCACCCGCUUGCAUGUCGAGCUGGGCUGGAAGUGCAGAGGAUUAUCCAGGAAAGAAAGCUGAUAAACAACGUGCGGAAGCAAGGCGCUCUACUUGGCCGCCUGCUUCAGGAGAGACUUGGGGAGCAUCCCGCAGUUGGCGACAUUCGUGGCAAGGGUCUAUUCUGGGGUAUCGAGUUUGUCCAGUCGAAAGUCACCAAGCAGCCUUUCGAUCCCUCUCUCGGAGUUGCAAUGAAAAUCCACGAGCUAGGAAUGGAGCGGCCACACAGCAUCAGUCUCUACCCAGGCACAGGGUGUGCCGAUGGUAAAAUCGGCGACCACAUCCUCCUUGCUCCCGCAUACACUGUCACCUCGGAAGAUAUACGGCAGAUCGUCGAUAUCACAGUCGCCGUCAUUACGCAAUUCUUCAUGCAGGACGUGCCAGUACAGCCAGUCCAAAAUGGUCAUGGCGCCUAUGCAGAAUCGCCGAAACUUUCAUCUGACCGGGGUUGA